AUGGAGAGCUCCAGGCCAGAGCCACCGCCUCAGUCCUGCCAGCUGCUGCGAACGACCCCGCCGCGCCCACUGCGCCCAGCUCCGCCCUUGCUGCCAGUGGAGGGCACCCCCUUUCGGGCAGUGGCCGUCGAGCCCCCUUCGUCGCCGCCCGCUUCAUGCGCAGCUGCCAUUGCGACCGUGGCCUCGUCAUGCGGGGAGGCUCCGGCGUCGAGCGUAAUGCCCUCGGCACGGCGGCUGCUACAGGUGAAGCCAGAGCAGGUGUUGCUACUGUCGCCAGGGCCACCACUGCCCCAGGCCUGGGAUGAAGGCGCCACCGCCUCGCCGACGCGACUGCUACAGCUGAGACCUGAACUGCUGCUGCUGCCACCGCUGACACCCACGUCGGAGGGCGUCCCCUGCGGGCCGGAGUUACACCCGAUGCAGCCCCGGGUGCUGCACGUCAAGGCCGAGAAGCAGGAGCCUGGGCCCGACUUAGAUCCUUCGGUGGGGCCUGGGAGGGCCAUCGAGGCAGGCCAUAGGGCCUCCAGGGCAGCCGAGUUGGAAGGCCCUGUUCCGGCCCUUGACAGUUGCGGAUGGGAUGAGAAGAAGGACAAAUUGGAGGCGGAGGAGGUCAUGAGGGAUGCGGUGAAAGGCGGGGAAGGCAAAAGCUUGACUGCCGUCAGAGAAGGAAUCAUCAAAAUCGAGGAGCCGGAGAGAAUCUACGAGGACUGCAGGCUUGGCGCGGAGCCCGCAUCUAAUGGACUGGGCCACGGCCGCAAGGAGGUCAUCCUGGCCCAGCCAUCCAGCGCCUUUGGGCCGCACCAACAAGACCUCAGGGUCCCUUUGACUCUCCAUACCGUCCCCCCUGGGGCUCGGAUCCAGUUUCAGGGACCGCCACCUUCGGAGCUGAUCCGAUUGACCAAGGUCCCCUUGACACCAGUGCCUAUUAAAAUGCAAUCCUUACUGGAGCCUUCUGUAAAAAUAGAAACCAAAGAUGUCCCGCUCACCGUGCUUCCCUCAGACGCAGGAAUACCAGAUACUCCCUUCAGUAAGGACAGAAAUGGUCAUGUGAAGCGACCCAUGAAUGCAUUUAUGGUUUGGGCAAGGAUCCACCGGCCAGCACUAGCCAAAGCGAACCCAGCAGCCAACAAUGCAGAAAUCAGUGUCCAGCUCGGGUUAGAAUGGAACAAACUUAGUGAAGAACAAAAGAAACCUUAUUAUGAUGAAGCACAAAAGAUUAAAGAAAAGCACAGAGAGGAGUUUCCUGGUUGGGUUUAUCAGCCUCGGCCAGGGAAGCGAAAACGCUUCCCUCUAAGUGUUUCCAGUGUAUUUUCUGGUACCACACAGAAUAUCAUCUCUACAAAUCCUACAACCAUUUAUCCUUAUCGCUCACCUACCUACUCCAUGGUAAUUCCCAGCCUACAGGACACCAUCGCUCAUCCAGUUGCACGUGCCCUUAUAGUCGGCCUCCUUUUGGCUAUGGAAAUUUUCCAAGUUCAAUGCCAGAAUGCCUUGGUUAUUAUGAAGACAGGUACCAAACACAUGAGGCUAUGUUUUCAGCUUUAA